UACCAAUCGCCUUGUGUUAAGUGUAAUUGCGCUUGAAUACAAAGUAUGCCAUUAUUAAAUUAUGUACUUUUGACGGUAUUCUGUUGCUGUGUUUGUUCAAGCCAAAAUGGUUCACCAGAAGUAGACACACCUUUGGGAAGGGUACGAGGUUCUUGGAAAACUUCCCUAGAUGGAAGAAAAUACGCCGCCUUCGAGGGAUUACCCUACGCAAAACCCCCUGUGAGAGAGCUCAGAUUUGAGGAACCUCAACCGGUUCAACCUUGGUCAGGUGUUUGGAUAGCCAAUAGCACCUUUACAUGUCUUCAACUUGGCAUGUUUUCUCCUGAUAUACAAGGACAAGAAGACUGUCUUUACCUAAACCUCUAUCUCCCAGAGCNGAACAACAAGAACCUGGAAGUUGUAGUAGUCAUCCAUGGUGGUGGGUUCAUGGUGGGCGAUGCACACACCAUGACGCGUUCAGACUUUUUCAUGGACGAAGACAUUGUUCUUGUCACCAUUAACUACAGAGUCGGACUGUUGGGUUUCCUCAGCACUGAAGACGACGCCAUACCCGGCAACAACGGCCUGAAGGACCAAGCCGUAGCCUUGAAGUGGGUCAAGGACAACAUCGCUUCUUUUGGGGGAAACCCCCACUCCGUCACUAUAGCCGGCUUAUCAGCGGGUGGGGCUAGCGUCCACUUCCACUAUUUCUCCCCUCUAUCUAAAGGUUUAUUCCACAGAGGAAUAUCUCAAAGUGGGACUGUCCUCGCGCCUUGGGUUAUCAAAGAACACCCUUUAGAAAACGCUAAGAGGCUUGCGGUACUCGUUGGUUGUCCUGAUAGGUCCACGGGGGUUCUAAAGAGGUGUCUCAAAGAAAAGCCAGGUUUAAGUUUGGUUAAGCAAACGGUACACUUCUACGGUUAUGAUAAGAUGCCUUUCGCGCCCUUUGCUCCUGUAGUAGAGAAAGGCUCGAAUAAGCCUUUCUUGGGUAAAGAACCCUUUUGGUUGUUGAGAGAAGGUAAGGUACUAGAUGUCCCUUGGAUCACCUCCCACGCUGCUGACGACGGGUUACUAACGACUGCAAUUUAUUGGGAGAGACUGGAAGAAAUUGAUGCAAACUGGCCCAUACUAUCACCUUACCUGUUGGAUUGCAACUAUACUUUACCAGAAUCAAAAAGGAUAAUGGUGUCGUUGCAAAUUUUGGACUACUAUUUAGAACCUGGCGCAAUAAUCAGCAAGGAGCAUUUCAAAAAGUUCACUCAAAUAUUCACAGAUAGAUACUUUGGAGUUCCUGGAGAAACAGCAGCCAAAAUGCAAGCGAAAGUAACAAAAUCAGCAGUAUAUUACUACUUUUUCAAUUAUAAGGAAGGAGAAAACAAAGGGGUGAAGUUAUUCUCAAGUUCCCCAGAAAUAGAAGGAGUAGCUCAUGGCGAGGAUAGUAUCUACUUCCACGGAUUCCUAACAGGAAAACCGUUUUCAGAACAGGAUAAGCGUUUGAAAAACGCUUUUCACAGGAUGUUAUAUACAUUUGCCGCCACGGGAAAACCUUCUUUUGAUGGGACAGACAUUUGGCAGCCUACUGGAUAUUCAGAGCUAACAUACCUAAAUGUGACUGGACCAGACAACAUGAAGCUUCAGAAGACUCAGAAUUUGACUCCAAGUGAGUUUUGGAGCGGACUGGGUGUUUUGGAGAAUGAGAACGUGGUACUAACAAAAGAAGAAUUGUAGAUGUGUUUUAUCUACAUAUUUUAAUUUAUAUAAUAAAUUUAUA